GAAAUGAGAUUUCUUUGAAUGGUCUACAACUUAUGACUCGGUCGGUAAAGUAGAAGUUCACAUAGCAAGACAACAGAUGGCGUGGCAAACUCCAUAACUGUUCGGCGCGUAGGUGUCAUCCAUCUGUCAUGGCGACUAUGAGAGGUUAUAAACCCGGAGAGUGAAAAUCAAGAAACUAAAUAAUUUAAGGUGUAAAGUGGGAAUCGACAUGCCAAUUAAUAGACUUUGAAUGUCGUUUCUUUGUUUUCAGAGCAACACUUCGUUUAUUUUUGGUUGAUUCCUAACAACCCAUGAGAAUUGUCUUAUAAAACGACAUUCUUAGUAAAAACAUAAACAUGGAAAAAUUGAGAUUUACGUUCGCAGUAUUAGCGACGGGGCCAGAAGGAAAAACAAAUACAAUCUGCAUAACCUCAAUCGAAGUACCCGAUGGUCGUGUUUUUGAAGUUCCUGAUGAUCUGAAACCUGCUAGUAAACACACUGGUAUUACGACUACGGAUGUAUUCACGAAAGUGAAGAACUCAUUAAAGAAAAGACAUCAAACACGCAAAUUAUGGAUCCCUUUAACGGAAGACUUGCGAAAGACCUACUUGGAUGAAGGUGAAAAUGUUCAAUUUGGUGAUCAGUAUUUGGACGAAAUUGUAAGUGAAACAAAAAGCUCAGUUAGCAACAAUAACAAUACGGAACCUGUUAGUAAAAACUUGGGAAAAAUUGCUGAACGGUUUUUACUGGAAAAAUUUUCUGGAAAAACAACAAAUGUUGAACAAUGGAUUAAGGAAUUUGAGAAUGAAUGUAAAAGAUUUGAAAUGGUGCAGGAUGUUAAAAAAAUUGAGAUGCUAAAGCAUCUUAUGGAUAAACAGUGCUUAGAUUGGUACAACAGCAUGAUAAUAAAACAUACCAUAGAUUCGGACUGGACAAUUUGGAAAAGUAAUCUGUGCGAGUCAUAUGGAAAUAAAGGUUGGUCUCAGAUUAAGUACGCAUUCACAUUUAAAUACCAAGCGGGGUCCCUAAUAGAAUAUGCCACCAAAAAGGAAAGGCUACUCCUAGAGGUAAAUAAACAGACUGAUUCGCAGACAAUGAUUCAUCUCAUUGUAAUGGGUUUACCAGAUUUCAUAAUGGACAAAAUUGAUAAAGGAAAAAUAACAUCCACCAUGAGUCUUUACAAUGAGCUUGGAAAGUAUGAGCAUACAAUGAAUAAAAAGACUUACUAUAAAAAGAAAAUAAACACGGACAUAAAAACUGGAGCCGAGAAGAUCAAACCCUGCAAAAUAUGCGAAAAAUUAAACAAAGGUACCCGCUUUCAUCCCGAAGAAAGAUGCUGGUUUAAACAGACAGGAGAACAUGAGAAUAAGAAAAAUUAUAAAAAUGUGAAUAAUGUCAUGCUGGAUGUUGAAUUGAGUGACGAAGAUCAAAAAAACGCGUGAUUACACCAUUGAUUAAAGUCAAACUAAUACUUAACGAUAAAUUAGAAGUAUUGGGUAUAUAUGACCCAGGCUCAAACGUCUCUCUAGUUAAUUCAAAAUUAUUAAAACUGAAGAGGUCAGCAAAAAAACAUUAUGAUAAAAAUGCAAAAUUAGUAACAAUUAAUGGUGUAAAAAGAGCAAAAGGUUUGACAAAUUUGAAAAUAAAAAUAAUGGAAAUAGAAAAACAUAUGGAUGUAUACAUUAUAGAUGGAAAGGAAUUUAAAUAUGAUUUCCUAAUAGGACUAGACAUAAUCAAAGAGUUUAAGUUGACUCAAGAUGAAAAUUUGAAGAUCAGUCAAAAACCAGAAAGACUAUCAAGAGAAAAAGAAACACAUAAAAAUACUGCUUCCGUAGAACUCAAGGACAAAAUAAAUUUACUUUCUGUAAAUUUUAAUGAACACAUGAAAGAAGAAUUCAACACAAAUGUCAGCCACUUAAAUGAAGAGCAAAGACAAGAAAUAAAUAAACUUAUUGAAAAGUAUAAAUCAAGCUUUG